CAAGUGAACCUCUGUGGCCGUCUUCUCUUCCUCUUCUUCUUCCUCCUUUUCCAACUCCUCCUCCCACUUCCCAGCCGCAGCAGGAAGCCCCUAACCCAACUGACACUCGCGCAACUGCAAACGGUGUCAUCCGGACAACUUUAUCUCGCUCCUCGGACUCCCCUAAGGCAUUGGACCCAUCGCCUUAUCUUUUUAUUUUUUGCAAAGUUGCAUCGCUCCACAUAUUUUCGCCCCCGCCACCGCUCUCUGCCUCUCGAGUGUCCCCCGCAGCCUCCUCCUGGAGCUGCGCCCUAGUGCCCCUGCUGGGCAGUGGCGUUCCCCCCCCCACCCCCCAUCCUCCUGCGCCGAGCCCCUGCCGCUCGGGGCAGACGAUGCUGAAGAUGCUCUCCUUUAAGCUGCUGCUUCUGGCCGUGGCUCUGGGCUUCUUUGAAGGAGAUGCUAAGUUUGGGGAAAGAAGUGAAGGGAGCGGAGCGAGGAGGAGAAGGUGCCUAAAUGGGAACCCCCCGAAGCGCCUGAAAAGGAGAGAUAGGCGGAUGAUGUCCCAGCUGGAGCUGCUGAGUGGGGGAGAGAUGCUGUGCGGUGGCUUCUACCCUCGUCUGUCCUGCUGCCUGCGGAGUGACAGCCCAGGGUUGGGGCGCCUGGAUAACAAGAUAUUUUCUGUUACCAACAACACAGAAUGUGGGAAGUUACUGGAGGAAAUCAAAUGUGCACUUUGCUCUCCACAUUCCCAGAGCCUGUUCCACUCACCUGAAAGAGAAGCCUUGGAAAGAGACCUUGCACUUCCCCUGCUCUGCAAAGACUAUUGCAAAGAAUUCUUUUAUACUUGCCGAGGCCAUAUUCCAGGUUUCCUUCAAACUACUGCUGAAGAGUUUUGUUUUUACUAUGCAAGAAAAGAUGGUGGGUUGUGCUUUCCAGAUUUUCCAAGAAAACAAAUCAGAGGACCAGCAUCUAACUACUUGGACCAGAUGGAAGAAUAUGACAAAGUGGAAGAGAUCAGCAGAAAGCACAAACACAACUGCUUCUGUAUUCAGGAGGUUGUGAGUGGGCUGCGCCAGCCUGUCGGCGCCCUGCAUAGUGGGGAUGGCUCGCACCGUCUCUUCAUUCUGGAAAAAGAAGGUUACGUGAAGAUACUUACCCCUGAAGGAGAAAUUUUCAAGGAGCCUUAUUUGGACAUUCACAAACUUGUUCAAAGUGGAAUAAAGGGAGGAGAUGAAAGAGGUCUGCUAAGCCUUGCAUUCCAUCCCAAUUACAAGAAAAAUGGAAAGCUGUAUGUGUCUUAUACCACCAACCAAGAACGAUGGGCUAUCGGGCCUCAUGACCACAUUCUUCGAGUUGUGGAAUACACAGUAUCCAGAAAAAAUCCCCAUCAAGUUGAUUUGAGAACAGCCAGAGUAUUUCUUGAAGUCGCAGAACUCCACAGAAAACAUCUAGGAGGGCAACUGCUCUUUGGCCCUGACGGCUUUUUAUAUGUCAUUCUCGGUGAUGGGAUGAUCACACUGGAUGAUAUGGAAGAAAUGGAUGGUUUAAGUGAUUUCACAGGGUCGGUGCUCCGGCUGGACGUGGACACGGAUAUGUGCAACGUGCCUUAUUCCAUACCGAGGAGCAACCCGCACUUCAACAGCACCAACCAGCCCCCAGAAGUGUUUGCACACGGCCUGCACGAUCCAGGCAGAUGUGCUGUGGAUCGCCAUCCCACUGAUAUAAACAUCAAUUUAACAAUACUUUGUUCAGACUCCAAUGGAAAGAACAGAUCAUCUGCCAGAAUCCUACAGAUAAUAAAGGGGAAAGAUUAUGAAAGUGAGCCAUCACUUUUGGAAUUCAAGCCAUUCAGUAAUGGUCCUUUGGUUGGUGGAUUUGUUUACCGGGGCUGCCAGUCGGAAAGACUGUACGGAAGCUAUGUGUUUGGAGACCGUAAUGGGAAUUUCUUAACCCUCCAGCAAAGUCCCGUGAGCAAGCAAUGGCAAGAAAAACCACUCUGUCUGGGCAACAGUGGUUCCUGUAGAGGUUACUUUUCAGGUCACAUAUUGGGAUUUGGAGAAGAUGAAUUAGGUGAAGUUUAUAUCCUAUCAAGUAGUAAAAGUAUGACCCAGACUCACAAUGGAAAACUCUACAAAAUCGUAGAUCCCAAAAGACCUCUAAUGCCUGAGGAAUGCAAAGCCACGGUACAACCUGCGCAGACACUGACUUCAGAGUGUUCCCGGCUCUGUCGGAACGGCUACUGUACCCCAACGGGCAAGUGCUGCUGCACCCCAGGAUGGGAAGGGGACUUCUGCAGAAUUGCAAAAUGCGAGCCAGCAUGUCGUCAUGGAGGUGUCUGUGUUAGACCAAACAAGUGCCUCUGUAAAAAAGGAUAUCUUGGUCCUCAGUGUGAACAAGUGGACAGAAACUUCCGCCGAGUGACCCGGGCAGGUAUUCUUGAUCAGAUCAUUGACAUGACAUCUUAUUUGCUGGAUCUAACAAGUUACAUUGUAUAGUUUCUGGGACUGUUUGAAUAUUCCUUUCCAAUGGGCAUUUAUUUUUUAUCCUGUCAUUAAAAAGAAAGACUGUUAUCCCGCUACACACUUCCUGUGAUUUCAUUUUCUUUUAUUAAUUUAAAAAUAAUUUUCCAGAAAUGGGCAGAUCCUGUGUGUGUAUGUUGGCACGUUUGUUCACCUAGGCGCACACACACACACACUCACAACCCCUAUACGUGUGGUUGCCUAAGAGAUGGGUUUUAAAAAUAUAUGUUUCCUUGUGUGGAGUAAUUUACACAGAAAUUCCAUUGUAAAUUGAUAACGGAAUUUUUAUGUCACCAGAGGAGAUUAUUUGACUUCCCAGGAAUUUUCUGUCUGUAAUAACUAAAGUCAACUUAAUGGAGUUUUGAAACAUGACUGUGCAAUCUGAUGGAUCUAAUAAAAAAAAGGCAAUAUUUUUAUAUUAAAGGAUUAUAAUGUGAGAGAAUGUUUCAGAACUCCCUGAUGAAUUUCCAAACAGGAGACUUGAUAUAAAAUUGUAAUCUUCAUUUGUAUCCGUGUAUUCAGUUAUAGAAUGUUACUCACUUACCUUCUUAUUGGCUGAGAAAUCUGGUUACUCUAGUUUAAUCUCAAGAUUGUUUUCAAGUGUUUUAUAAUUAAAUCAUAACAGCACAUUCUAAAAUCAAUCUUCCUAAAAGGUCUGCUUUUAUUAUAUGUUGUAUCUAACAAUAGGCACUGGGUUUGUGUUACCUAUUUAUAUUUUUUAUUUUAUUUU